AUGCUGUUUUAUCAUCUGGCCAUUUUAAUGGUUUUUAUAGUGAAAACUAUAGCUGUCCCAACCGCCCUAGCUAUGGCUACUUUCAUGAACGGACCCAAGCCAGUGGACCCUAAGAUGACCUGCGAUCAACUCCCCGAGAACUCCUGCCUCUACAGUUUCUACAGUUUCUACACCGAUCUCAACUCAGCAACGACCACAAUGACGGAUCAAAAGUGCAACGAUUAUGGCCAAGAUCAUUUCGUAUUCAACAGGAGUAAGGCUUGGAUGUUAGAUUUCGGUCCUGUCCCGGUAAAAAACCAUGUCUGGGUUAUUUCAAACUUCACCCGAUUGAAUACUCCAAUGGCAACAGUUAGUUUUAUGGGGCGAUACAACAACCCACAACUUCAGUGGUUGGACAAAAGUUUCACUGUGUUAAAGUUACUUGACUUGAGCCUUGAAAAGACACUUUCGGAUACCUUGGGUUUCGGACAGAAGUCCAUAGAUAUCUAUCGGGCUGAGAUACCUUGUUAG